CUCAAGAGACAAAAAAAAAAGGCACCAUCAUCUCCUUCCUCCAUUUCUCUCUUCCCUUGAAUCCUUUCGAACUCUAUCUUCAUCAUGAGCCCUUCGUCACGAGAGAUCAACGGCCCCCGCCCGGCCCCUCUCAAGAUCCACAAGGACUCCCACCUCAUCCACAAGCAAUCCUCCUCCUCCUCCUCCUCCUCCUCCACCACCCACCACCACCGCCACCACCCCAUCAUCAUCUACACCCACUCCCCCAAGAUCAUCCACACGCAGGCCCGCGACUUCAUGGCCCUCGUCCAGAAGCUCACCGGCCUCUCCCACUCCACCGACGACGACGACGCCGACACCGCCACCGACAAUCCCCCUCCCCCGCCAUCCAACAUCCCCUGCAAGGACGCCGACGCGAUGCAUGCGGCUAACGACGAUUCAUCGUCGUCGUCGGAGGUCGUCCACCAUGUGGGCUGCCCCUCGCUGCCAUCCGCUGCGGCCACCAUGUCGCCGCUCGGCUUUGACCACCCGCCACCGCCGGCUAGCCCGUUCCUGUCGGAGAUCCCGCUCUUCACACCCAACUCCUCGGAGUUCUUCUGCUCGCCAAGGUCUUUCUAUAGGUACCCGGAGUCGGCGCUGUUCUCGCAAUCCAUUCCGAACAUGGGCGGCUCCAUCUCGCCUUCCAUCAUGGAGGCCAUGAAGGCUUUCCCCGACCACUGAGAUUGGCAGGAGGGCCUGGUUUUCAUGGAAGGAUAAUAAUUUAUCUUGGUUAAUUAGUUUAUUUUGGUUGGCGCAUCCUAUGAGCUCCGAAGGCAAAUGUGAAUAAUAUGAUUCAAUUCGUUCUUUGUUACCUUAGCGAGGAGAGGAAUUAGACUCCUUGUAAUUUGAGGUUGAUUGGUUUCAUUGCCUCAUUCCUUUUUCUUCAACGAAGUGAAGGCUUGCAUC